GACUUUUGCACAGUAUAUAUAAAAAUUUGUAUAUGUUAUUGACUAUUUGAAUUUAAAAUAUAUCUAUAAAUAUCUGUUUAUUCAAUUGUCAGUUAUAUCUCAGACUAUUUGGAUUAUAAACAGUGGGCCUUUGUAGCUUAAUGCUGUUGUAGGUCAAUCCGCAUUUAUGGAGUUCACGGAAGGCUAAUGUAGGCUACAGACUAAUUUAAAAUCAUUAAACCACUCUCCUAAAAUCAAUUUAGGGUUAGAAAGAAAAUGAGCCUUUAAUUAGUGCCAGUCUAAUGUCUGGACCACAUGACACCCUAAAAUUAUUGGGGGUGGUUACAGUUUUUAAAUUUAAGUUUAUAUCUAUAUUCAGGUGUAUCUCUCGGUACAAAUUUAGAUUUGUAGGCUUUUUGCAGUAAAAAAGCUCUGUAUUCACAACAUGUGUUUUAUAUGGACACAGAGAUCUUUUUAGUGUUAAAAUGUCCUAAUAGAGUGCAGUGAAGGGGGGUUGGGGGAGGGGUUUUGGUUGGGGGGGUCCAAGCCCCCUAAUUAAAUUUUGAUCCCCUUAUGAUAAGUAUAGCUCUAUAGACUAUACUGUAGGCUAUAUACUAUCAGCAUUUUCAAAUGUUUUAUGAAUAAAAAAAGUUAGAUUACAAGUUAAUCGGAACUCGUGUUCGCUUUAGAAGAUAAGCAACAGUGCUUUCGUUUACGUUUUGUACACUGACAAAAUGUAAAUAGCUACUAUCAUUAACUGUAAUACAUAUUUAGUAGUGGUGUGAAAAAUGACUGACUUCAUUACCCUACUGACCUGGACAACAAUGACCAUGAAAAACAACUGUUUACACCACUCCACAAUCAUGUCCUCUUUUUGGCCAUUAAUGAGAGUAAAUGUGUUUGUUUGGUGUGUCGAUUUAAGUUGCUUUAUUUCCGACUCUGCUCUAUGCCAUUUAGUAUGCACUUAAGGUAAUGGAAAGCAGGAAAAUAUCAUGGAAACCCUGUAGUCUGCUGCUCAACCAAUCGCGAGCAGCUGGAUUAUUCCUCACAAAACCUUUUAAUACCUCUGUUCACUAAUGAUCCGGACCCGCGGCCCUUUAAUCCCCACUACAUUAAUUAAAAAGAGCACAAGCCCUUGGAAGAUCAUGCCAUCUGCUGCAGUUUCAUUCCACAGACAGAUUGUGUUUGGUACUUAUUUAAAACAGAAUUUCUUUACUUGUCAGGGAAGGCAGAAGGAAUGAGAAAGGGAUAAGUCUGCAGGAAUUAAAUGGGGGAAAAAAUAUAGAGUUCAGCUUCGUUGCCUACUUUUGUAACCCAUCACAUAUUUAUAAUAACAACAGCCUAAUGCUAAAUGUUAGUCUGAAUAUUAAAUGUAAUUCUCACUUUUGAUAUCUGAACUAAUAUCGAAAAUUGUUUAAGAUUAGGCCUAUUUUGUGUCACCUAUUUUGAUGCUUAUGGAACUUAUGUAGCCACGUACCUUUUCAACGCGCUCAUUGUGUUUGUGUUUCCACAGCAUGAAGGUAAGAUCUUACGGAUUUAAAAUCUUACUGGUCUACUGACAUUUAUGACAUCCCUUCAAACAUUGCAAUGCUCAUGAUAGCUUUUGUUAACUCUACAAUAAGUAAAUCCACUUCACCAGCUAGUUACUCUUCGACAGCUCUGCCAUAGAAAUAUAGGCUACAGAGCUACCGCUAAAAACAGAAGUUCAAAGACAAUUUCUAAAGAUGGCUGCGCCCUUGUUUCUCUGGCGCAUAAAGUCUAUAAAAACGGCUUGUUGGAUCCCACCCCACCCCAUUCAGGAUACAUACAUUAUUGGUUGAGGUUUUUAGCAUUUAAACACGUUGAAACACUUUGCAAGUUAAAAUAGCUGCCCUUAGUAUUCAAAGUUUUUAACUUACAAAAUGAAUUAUAAAAACGAGGUCUUGAAAAAGAUGGGCACCAUUCAGUAAAACGAAUGGCAAAUUGGAAUAAUAUUAUAAGUUAUUAUACUUUUUAUUAUUAUUAUUUAUUUAUUGUUUACGUAAUGGCGGUAGGAGAAAAGUAAAACCCCAACAACAUAUAAUUGUGAAACGAUCCGAAUUUUAACAGUCAAUGAAACAAAUUGAAAAAGAAGACACAAUAAAGUAUAUAAAAACUAGUGUUUAGUGUCCUGUCUCCCUCAUCCAAACACACGCACACUCUCUCACUCUUGCGCACGUGCCAUUGGCCACAGGCGCGCGCUCUAGUGCUAAAGUACAAGGUUCAGGGACUUACCACUUCAUUGUCAUUAGCGUGCUCAUUCUCUCUCGAAAUGUUACUGUGCGUUUGAGAGGAUUAUUGUCUACCAUUUCAAAGCUUUAACUAUGAGUGUUUUGUUUGGUCGUUUAUUUGAAGGCACGCAUUAGGAAGGAGCCUAUUUCAAUGGAGCUGUGGAUAUGGACAUGGCAGGUAACCUGCCUGGCGCUCAUCGCGUCUGUGAUGGAUGUAGUUCUGGCACAGAUUCGUUACACGAUCCCAGAGGAACUGGAGCACGGGGCUUUUGUUGGAAAUAUUGCGGAGGAUCUGGGAUUAGACACCAACAAACUCUCAAUCCGCCGAUUUAGAAUAGUCUCAGGUGCAAAACGGCAAUAUUUAGAGGUGAAUUUAGAAAACGGGGUUUUAUUUGUCAAUGAAAGAAUUGACCGAGAAGAGUUGUGCGAACAAAAUCCAUAUUGUUCAUUCCAUCUUCAGGUUGUGAUCGAAAACCCAUUAGAAUUGUAUAGGGUCGAAGCUGAAAUAUUAGAUGUCAACGACAACUCUCCUGUCUUUCCCUGGAGUGAAUUUAACCUGGAUAUCUCCGAAUCCGCCGCGCCUGGAUCGCGCUUCCCACUGGAAAGCGCGCAGGACCUGGACGUCGGUGACAACUCUCUGCGCUCGUAUUUGCUGAGCGUAAACGAACACUUCGUCCUGGAUGUCCAGACGCGCAGCGACGGCAGUAAAUUCGCAGAACUGAUUCUCGAAAGUCCGCUGGACCGGGAGCAGCAGAAGACUCACUUGAUGGUUCUUACAGCGGUGGACGGAGGCUCGCCCGAGAGGUCGGGCACUGCGCAAAUAAACAUAACUGUACUGGAUGCCAAUGACAACGCGCCUGUGUUCGAUCAGAACUUUUAUAAAGUGAAGCUGGCUGAAAACGCACCGCGAGGGACUGUCGUGAUAAAACUAAACGCCACUGAUCUCGAUGAAGGACCCAAUGGAGAGAUCACAUACUCUUUUAGCGGGCACGCUCCAAUGAGAGUGCGCGAGCUGUUCAGCGUGGAUUCCCGCACUGGGGAAAUCAAAGUAAAAGGAGUUAUAGAUUAUGAAAAAGCACGAAUGCACGAGAUUUAUGUACAAGCCAAAGACAAGGGACCGUCUGCGGUGGCAGUGCACUGCAAAGUGAUGGUUAACAUAAUAGACGUCAACGACAAUCUUCCUGAAGUGAUUCUUACAUCAGUAUCUACGCCUGUCCAAGAAGAUGCGCCCCCUGGCACAGUGAUAGCAGUAAUUAGCGUUAUGGAUAAAGAUUCUGGGGAAAACGGAAAUGUUGAUUGUGAAAUUCCUCAUCACGUUCCCUUUCAGCUGCACUCAUCUUUUAAAAAUUAUUAUACUUUAGUUACGUGUGAUUUUCUGGACAGAGAGACCAUUUCAGAGUAUAACAUCACUCUGACGGCGCGUGAUAUGGGCUCACCGCCUCUUUUUACAAGGAAAACAAUUUUAGUGCAAGUGUCUGACAUUAACGAUAACGCGCCUCGUUUCAAACAGCCAUCCUACACGGUCUACCUGACCGAAAACAACGCGCCAGGAGCCUCGAUUUGCACUAUCACCGCACAAGACGCAGACGCGGAUCAGAAUUCCUACUUAUCCUACUCUAUUCUAGAAAACGGCAUCCAUGGAAUGCCAGUGUCCACCUACGUGUCCAUCAAUUCAGAUAACGGCAACAUUUACGCACUGCGUUCUUUCGACCACGAGCAGCUCAGAAACUUUCAGAUCGUGGUUCAGGCCGAAGAUGCUGGUUUUCCGCCUCUCCGCGCGAAUGUAACAGUUAACGUGUUUGUUUUAGAUCAGAAUGACAAUCCUCCAGUCGUUGUAUACCCAAUGCCCGAGAAUGACACCGCAGCGGUUGUAGUUGUCCCUAAAUAUGCUGAUGCCGGAUACCUAGUGGCUAAAAUCACCGCCAUGGACGCGGAUGCCGGGCAAAACUCGCGUCUCUUUUAUGAAGUCCUCCAAGCUACAGAUCUCAGUUUGUUCAGUGUUGCGCUGUACACUGGGGAGAUCAGGACAAUUCGCCGGCUGAUGGACAACGAUCCCAGGAGGCAGAGGCUAGUAGUUUUAGUCAAGGACAACGGUCAGCCGCCCCUAUCGGCCACAGCCUCCAUCAUGUUGUCAGUUGUUGACAGCGUGCCAGAAUCCUUGCCUGAUUUUGGUGACCUCGCGCUCAGCCCUCAGUACAGGUCAGACCUCACGCUGUAUUUAAUCGUGUCUCUGGGCGCGGUUUCAUUCACGUUUCUUGUGGCUAUUAUUGUCCUGGCUACAAUUAAGGGACACAAGGACAGAAACUCGUGCUGUGGGUUUCAAUCUAAGGACCCCACCCGUGACGUCAUUAAAAAGUCUAACUUGAACAUUCACAUAUCACCUGGAUCAAAGGGACCCACGCACUGCGUGGAAGUAAACGCGAACAACCCAAUAGGUCAAAACUACUGCUAUAAAAUGUGUUUAACUCCAGAGUCAUCUAAAAGUGACUUCAUGUUCCUCAAGCCUUGUAGCCCGACGGGAAUAUCUUCCCGAAAUAACAUCAAGGAAAUGGAAAACAAAACUUUGACCUGGAGCCCAACCAGCCACAGUCAUGGUACAAGGAGUGGGACGACCUCUACAAACGAGCUCAGACAGGGUAACAAAGACCAAACACUGACCAAGAACCAGCUUAAUUAUACAUAUAAAAGUCAUACUCCAAUAAACACAGGAAGGACACUGCAGCGCAGACUGAUUCAGGACUCAGACAACUAUGCUUACACAUCUGUUCCACAGUACUGGACCUGGGGAAAUCACAUGCAUGAUUAUAAGACCUCACCUAAGGUUGGUGGCUUUCCAAACCACUCAUGGACACGUUACAACCAACAGGAUUCAAUUCAACCCUCACCAGACUAUCAACAUAAUGUUUACAUUCCUGGAACACCAUCAACACUCUGUACACUCAAGCUGGCAAACAAUGGGGACAUUGAAGUCUACAACUCAUUCUCAACUUUUGGCAAAAAGAAAAAGCCAAACAAUAGCCUUCAAGAGGACGCAGUAAUAACCAAUGAUUUUUUCAAAUAAUUUUUCCAGUUGUACUUUUCAUCUGUAGGUUACUUUCUGUAUAUAAGUUGUAUAUAUUUCAGUCAGAUUAUAUGUGCUGUAUAAUUUGCCUUCAUAAAUUUCACAACAAGAUAGCACUUAAAGUACUCUGAUAAUUCGUUUAUUUUUUUGCAUCAUUUUCCAGAUAUCUUCAGUGUUCAGAAACUUUCUGAAAGUAUUAAACAGAUGGUUGCUUUAAUUGUUAUUACCCAUAUUGGUGAGAAUUCAGGUUACAUUUUCCAAAAUGAUAUCCCUUUUAUUUCCAAAAUGUACAGAAUAAAGAAUAUUAUUAGAAUUUA